CUUGUGGGGUAAAAUAAUAUUCCCCAUUCACGGUCUCUCAUUCAGCACUUCCUCUGCUUCUUCUGCUCACAUUUCCAACGACCCCAUCUUGUCGACUCAGUUUCUGACUCAACUCAGAUCAGAGCGAGCCAGCGAAACUCUCUGUUCUCCUUCAUUCUCUGUUCCAUUCCCUCUAAAACCCUAACACACCCAAAAUGCCUGAACCUGAAUCCCCAAACGGAACCCAACCACCACCAGAACCCGAUCACGAACCUCAACGGGAACCAAAUCCACAUCCAGAACCAGAAUCAGUGCCGAAUCCAGAAGCAGAGUCAUUGCAGAAUCCGGAGCCAGUGCCAUCAGAACAAGCGCAAUUGGAAUCGGAAUCGGGAUCAAAAGCUGAUCCAGACGCAGAUCUCAGGGAAAAUGCGAUCGAUUCCGGUGAACCGGAAAUCAAUCCUGCACCGCAGCCUCAGCUACGGAAAGACGAAGGAAGUCGAACAUUCACCAUGAGGGAAUUGCUUCAUGGAUUGAAGAAUGAUUCGGAACCGGAGAGGGAAGAUGGAAACUCUCCCUACAGCCAAGAAAGUCAGCAGCAGCAGCGCAAUGACGAGAACAAUGCUGCAAUGGAUUUGAUAAAUAGCGUUGUUGGUGUUGAUGAGGAGGGUCGGUCGCGACAGCGGAUUCUUACAUUUGCUGCCAGGAGGUAUGCUACUGCGAUUGAGAGGAACCCUGAAGAUUAUGAUGCACUAUACAAUUGGGCAUUAGUACUUCAGGAAAGUGCUGAUAAUGUCAGUCCAGAUUCCACUUCACCUUCUAAAGAUGCUCUGCUUGAGGAAGCUUGUAGAAAAUAUGAUGAGGCCACUCGCCUUUGUCCCACACUGCAUGAUGCUUUCUACAAUUGGGCUAUAGCGAUCUCUGAUCGGGCAAAGAUGCGAGGCCGCACAAAGGAGGCUGAAGAGCUAUGGAAACAGGCCACAGAAAACUAUGUAAAAGCAGUCCAACUCAACUGGAACAGUCCUCAGGCACUUAAUAACUGGGGACUUGCUCUUCAGGAACUCAGUGCUAUCGUUCCAGCUCGGGAAAAGCAAAAGAUUGUGAGAACUGCUAUCAGCAAGUUUCGUGCAGCCAUACAGUUGCAAUUUGAUUUCCAUAGGGCAAUUUACAAUCUUGGAACUGUUCUGUAUGGAUUAGCAGAGGACACUUUAAGAACCGGGGGAUCUAUAAAUUCUCAAGAACUUUCCCCAAAUGAAUUGUACAGCCAGUCCGCAAUAUAUAUUGCAGCUGCUCAUGCAUUAAAACCGAAUUAUUCUGUUUAUAGCAGUGCCUUGCGGUUGGUGCGUUCUAUGCUACCACUACCACACCUUAAAGUUGGGUAUUUAACUGCACCUCCUCCGGGGGCAACAAUUGCACCUCAUAAUGACUGGAAACGGUCAGAAUUCUUUUUGGAUCAUGAAAAACUUCAACAGAUACCUAAAGGUGAACAUAGACCACUGCCUCAAAGUCUCUCAAGCAGACCGGUAGAUUCAAUGAGUGGGGAUAAGAAGAAUAUCAAAGUAGAUAUAGCAGAUAUUGUUUCGGUAUCAGCAUGUGCUGAUCUGACCUUACCACCUGGUGCUGGCCUCUGCAUAGAUACAACUCACGGAUCAGUUUUCUUGGUUGCUGACUCUUGGGAGUCAUUGGAUGGAUGGCUGGAUGCAAUUCGUCUAGUUUACACCAUUUAUGUGCGAGGCAAAAGUGAUGUACUGGCGGGUAUAAUAGCAGGAUGAAUAUAAUUUUUGUUUAAUGUAUCACCAAUUUGAUUUGUUAAAUUCAGGACGAACUCAUUACCCAGCUUUUUUCACUUCUCCGCGAACUUGUGUAUAAUAUUGAGUAAUGUAUGAAAUCAUUUCAAUACAAUUGUUAAAUCUGAGUUUAAUCACCAA